AUGUCGAUUAAAGACGGAGAGAUUGAAAGCGAACUUAGCGAACUUAGUGAACUCGCGAGCACUGUCCACUCCGCCUCCAGUGUCGACUUUAACGAACUUGAGGACGAAAUCAUUGUGGGAGUACGCACUAAUAGUGCCCGAAAGUCAUGUCCCCUUCGGCCAGCAUCUGGUCCUGAGGAUGAGACCAUGGCCGACGCUGACGAUAAGCCGGUCGCUUCUUAUUAUCCUAAACGGAAGCGCGCCUCCGUCUUCCAUGACCUGAGCGAAAGCAAAAUGGGGCCGCUAAGGUCCCUUUCAGAUGAACGACAACCACCUGCGGCUGUCACAAGAGCCAAAGCUCCCCAAACGAGGACAGGAAGAGCGAAGGGUGUUAUCUUAGGCUAUUGGAGAGACUCACCCGGCCCUACUGAGGACCUUAAACAUGCCGUCAUUGGCUUCAUAGAUAUUCGCGAACGCCUACGAAUUCGAGUACAGCCCACCACAAUAGCUGGAGAAACUAUUUCGGAUGAGUACCCCUUGCCACCAGGGCCUAGUGGAUGCUGGGUUACCGUUGAGCGAAUCGUGUUCUUGAAGCACCUUGUAGGUUUGAAUCAUCUUGAAGUCAAGGAGUACGUCAAGAUCCGCGCCGACAGUCUGGGGACCGAAGAGACCGAGGCGGAACAAGUUGCUGCCAAGACAGCUGCAGUCAAGGAAGCCAUGCGUCGUGCCAAGUUAAACCUUACCGCUGAGAACGCCACCAAUCCACCUCAAAUUGCUUAUGGCGUCGAACUGCCUGACCAUCUGCAGCAGAGUCGCGAUCCUAAGAGGAGGAGGAGAAGUGGGGAUUUUAACCGUAUUAAUACUGUUUCCUCGAACGGUCCUGUGAUCAACACACCCAUCCGAACAGCACCCGGCGGACCACAACCUGUGCGAAAUGCCAUUUACCCCCUUCCGGGCACCCGACCUACUCGAAUUCUUCUUGGUCAUUGGGCAAAGUCUGAUGAACCAGACCCAAAGAAUCGUCACGCAGUGUACGGGAUUUUGGGACAGAAUGGUAUGUUCCAUGCCAAGCUAGUGCGAGAAACCCGUGACGGACGGUUCGUUGACGGAAACUUCCCUACUGGAGCCGGCGCUCUCUGGAUAGCAUACGAGGAGGUUGCUUUUGAACCACACCUGCGGUCUCUGGCACGGAACGAGGUGAAGGAAUAUUGCCGCGUGCGUCAAUGGCAGAUUGACAGUGGAGAAACAGCGGAGGAAAAAAUCGCAAAUGAGACCAAAGCUGUAUACGAGGCACAAGCUAGGGUUGCGGAAACAAGUUACAAAGCUCCAACUCCCUUGUCUGAUGCACCCGCUCUGCAUCGUCAGCCGGCUGCUUAUGUUGAAGAGACCGAUCGGACUGGACGGUUAGGCUUUGGUGGGCAUGAACUACGUCAAAGCCACCGCGUCGAGGCAACCAGGGGCGAAGCACGUCCGGCACGUCAGGCACCUAUAGAGGUUGACACCCCUCAACCUCCCCCAGUUCCUCGUCCAGCCAUGAGUAGGAUACCACAGAGCAACAACGCUCUUGAACUAACCUCGGCUCUGGCUGAGCGUGAGAUUACCCGUGUUGAACUUGCCCAGGAGCGUGCCCACCUCCUGGCUGCCAACCAUGAGCGGGCUGCAGCAGCAGCAGCCCAAGCAGCUGCCGCUGCCGCUGCCAUUCCCGCUUUGGCUGCUAACGGCCAGCAGCAACUGCACGAGAGAAAGGAAAUGCAACGUCUCAACAAGGUUUGGGCCCGCCAGGAAAGCCUUCCGAUGAGAGCAAGGGCCGAAGAUGCAAAGAUGUACAGCGGAGUCAAGUAUGAGCGCAAGGCCAAUGGUCCAUUUACUGGAAAAUUGGUGUCUCAAGGUACCAUUAUUAACAUUGAUGGCGAAGACUAUGUCGAAUAUCGUGUCCUCACGAAGCCGUCGUUCUUCUAA